UAAAUAAUUUUUAUUAUGGGGAAAAUUUUGUUAUGGCUGAUAUGUCUUGUGAUGAUUUUAUCGGAGGUGAAUGGAUAUGGAUAUUUGACUCGUUUUAGAGAUUAUCCAGAUCUUAGUGUAGGAAGUCUUCCAAGAAGACAUGACAGAUUUGUAAAUAGAAUUAAGCCUACUCUUGAAUUAUUAAUAAUGGUACUAAAAAACUUUCAAGCCAAUGCUUUAUCAAGCAAAGACAUUAUUGAAUUCUUGAACGCAGCAUUGAGCUUCUUUAUGGUUUUCUUUCAUUGCAACACUUUAAGUUUAUUAACAUGUUUCAAAAAAAAUGGUAUCUCCUGGAACAGCUCUAACCAUAAUUUUCUAUAAUUUCAGGGCAUUAAGCAGAACAAUUAUAACUGAACUUGAUUAUGGAUACAUAGCUCUGAUUUUUGCAUAUUUAAAGAAGGAAUAUGGUGUCAUUAACAAGAUAAUUCAUAAAGAAGGCUUCGAAACCUACCAGGAAAGAUCUGAUUGCAUUCGCAUGAGGAUUGGACAAUACUUCAUGCCUACUUUUAUUGGUAAUGAUACGUUACAAUGCUCAGAAUUUGAUGCAAUCAUCAGAAGUUUCUCUGAGCAUACAGUGAAUCCUGGAAUCGAUUUUACCUCUAUUUCUUACGAACUCAUCAUACUUUUGAGUAUUGCUGUUACUAAUUACAUCUGCUACAAACUCCUAUUGAAAGAGUAUAAUGAAUACCAACGACUAAAGAGAAACUUCCCUUUAAGAUCACAAAACGAAGAACCUUUCACAAACAGCAAUUUACUGAUGAACAACUUCCCUCUCACUUCCAGUAAUUCCCUUUUCCCCCCAAAUAUCAUAAGAGAUCACACCAGAAGCUCUAUCUCAAGCCCCCAAUAACUCAACCCCCAAAAAGUC